AUGGUGAUUUCAGGUCAACAGUCGGUAACACAGAGAUGGUUGAACGGGCAGAUUUCUAACUUCCAGUAUUUGAUUCAUCUUAACACGCUCGCGGGAAGGUCUUACAAUGAUUUAUCGCAGUAUCCCAUAUUGCCGUGGGUACUCGCGGACUAUUCGUCAUCUACCUUAGAUUUCACAAACCCUAAGACUUUUCGUGAUCUAUCGAAACCGAUGGGAGCCCAACAUCCACAGAGGCUGGAGCAGUUCUUGAAGAGGUAUCGAGAAUGGGAUGAUCCUACCGGAGAGACACCUCCGUAUAUGUACGGCACACAUUACUCAUCGGCUAUGAUUGUAGUUUCUUAUCUUGUUCGGUUGGAACCGUUCACUCAACAAUUCCUCAGUCUUCAGGGUGGCCAUUUCGAUCUUGCUGACAGAAUGUUUCACAGUAUCGGUGAUGCGUGGGCCAGUGCUAGUCGCAAUAACAUGGCUGAUGUGAAAGAAUUGAUUCCAGAGUUCUUUGUGUUGCCAGAGUUACUGCUGAACAAAAACAAGUUCGAUUUCGGCAUAAAACAGAACGGUGUUGCAUUGGACGAUGUGGUUCUUCCUCCCUGGGCUCACGGUGAUGCGAGAGAGUUUGUUCGAUUACAUCGGCAAGCUCUCGAGUGCGAUUACGUGUCCUCUCACCUUCAUGAAUGGAUCGAUUUGGUCUUUGGAUACAAACAAAAUGGCGAGGAAGCUGUUAAGGCCAACAAUCUCUUCCAUCAUCUGUUCUACGAGGGUAGUGUAGAUUUCGAAUCUAUCGUGGAUCCAUUGACGAGAAACGCUACAAUAGGUUUUGUUAACAAUUUCGGACAGAUACCCACGCAGUUGUUCAAGAAGCCUCAUCCCCAGAAGAAGGUCAGUCCAGCAGAUGGAUUUUCGAACACUCCUGGUGUAACAACUCAACGCCUCUUCUAUCAUUGCCUGCAUUCUUUGAAACCUCCACAAAGCCCCAUCAAAGAGCUACGGGCUGCCAUAGGAUCAAUUUACCCGAAUGAGCGAUCCGGUCUGAUAGCCUUAGAGCAGAAUAAAGUGUUGAUUGGCAGCAAUCGAUACGUCGCAUGGGGUUAUCCGGAUCGCUCGAUUCGUAUAGGACAGAUUGAUUCUGACAAGUCGUCCUGUAUCCAUGAGAUGUGCGAUGCGGAUGAGCUAACGUGCGUAGCAAGCGGUGACGAUCGCACCCUAUUUUGUGGCAGCAGCACUGGAUGUGUAAGCGUCUGGACUUUAUGUCGGAAGCCGAUCUCACUGAAAAGAAGGAAGCUGCUAGAUGGACAUUCGGAUGCAGUCACUUGUCUGGUUGUUUGCUCCGCCCAUGCUUUCGUUGUCUCGGCGAGCCGAGAUUGCUCAGUGAUCCUUUGGCAUCAGUCUGAGCUUUAUCUCAUCCGUCAGCUUCCGUUACAUCCAAGUCCCGUGUCGGCUGUAGCUGUAAACGACACGACGGGCGAUAUAGCAACAUCCUGUCUGACAUUAUUGCAUUUGUGGUCAAUUAAUGGCGAUCUGUUAGCUGUAGUUAAUACAUGUGAUUCGAACCUAAUCAUGGAUCCCUCGCAAAUGAUUCUCAGCCUUACUUUUAGCACGAUGAAUGAGUGGGACUCGGACAACGUAAUCGUUUGUGGGACAAGCGACGGUGUUGUGAAAAUCUAUUCUUGUGUGAUGGUGGAGAACGAUGGAUCAGUUGAAGCGCCUCGAAUCGAGCCGCAAGUGUAUGUUUCAUAA